CUAAAAAGCACAUUACUUAGAGGUCCUGCCCUGGGAGUGUCACAGAUAUUCUUUCUUAAAAGAGUGUGGCAGCGCCAGGCUGCUGUUGCAGGCCCCAAGAAUCUCUUGUGAGGCUUCUGAGGAAGCCAGUGAAGGUGUACCUCAUCUGUUGGCUCUGCUCCUCUCCAGAUUCAGCACACAGAAGAGCAAUGGGAACCCUUGAAGGACACCUGCUGUCAGGAGUAGGCUUCCUCAUGUAUGCGUUCUAUUAUUCGUCACUAACAUCCUUGGCCCUGCUCCAGAAACAGACGGUGCUCAACCACCUCUUGCUUCCAAGGAAGCUGCUGGGACACAGGUUGAUUUGGCAGGUAUCCUAUGAAGCCGUGAUGAAGGUGAUUGUCCCCGCUUUUGGCAUUAUUGGUGAAUACUUCUACCCUCUAGGGGUCAACCGUCUGAAGAUGAUAGACUGGAAGGAUCCUCGAAGGCUGUUCAUUUUCAAGGACAACUGGCAGCAUGUAACCAUGUUUGGGUUCUUUAUUCUCAGUGGCGUAGUGGACAUUGUGAGCCAGGCACAGCAGGCACGUUGGAGUAUGAAACUGGAGCGCGCCGCCGAAGCCCUGGCUUUCUACGUGCUGGGAUUGCUAAUGAUAACCCACAUUGAGAACAAAAAUGCCUUGGAGAUCCGAGUGCAUCUUCUGUUAGUGUUGCCUGCCUUCUUGCUUGCUCUGGUGCUCACGGUGGAGAUUUGGGUCCCUGACAAUGCCCCACUCUGGGUCCUCAAGAGCUGGAUGGGGCUGGUGUUGAGCACCUGGAUGAUGCAGAUCUGUGAGAUGUAUAUACCUCUCACUGGACAGCCCUGGAGGGCAGACAACCCUAUGGACCUGGCAUUUGUAGCCAUCUUCUUCUGCUGGCACCUGGCCUUAGGGGUUGCCUUGCUGAUUGCCAUCUAUGGCCUCUGCAGUCUCUGGCAUCGUCACGCUUCUUCUUGGACAAAGACCCUCGGGACUAAGUACCAGCGGUGCCCUACGGAAUCCGGUGGUGAAGAGCUGGAAAAGCUCAGUGCAGAAGCUGUGCCACAGGACGGAGGUGUGUAAGAAGAGAAGCUGUUUGGAGUAUGCAUGCACAGCCUCGAGUCCAUAGCUUCCCAUCCCAGGAUCUAACUCCCUUAUCCCCAAAUGAACCUUGUAUCUCCGAGGAUAAUGUCUUAGUUAUCACUUUGUUCCAUUCAGGUUAGUCUCCCACCUGUUUCCUUAUCUAUAUGGUUUCUGGUUACUCAUAUGGAAAGAACAAAAUGGCGCUUUUCUGUAAUAGCAUUUGGUAAAUUCUCUUAUUAAGAAAUAAAAGAAAGAAAGAAACUUAAA